AGCAGCAGCAGCAGCAGCAGCAGCAGCGCACGGGAAAGGGAACAUGGCUAAGAUGGGGAGUGUCGUCACUGUUGUGGUUGCUGCGUUGGUGGCGCUUGUGCUGUGUGCGAAGAGUGGGGCCGGGCAGGUGUACCAUGACUAUGCUGCGCUCAACACGCUGUUUGAAGAUCUGGUGACGAACCAGUGUCCGCUCAUUGCGCGCCGGUUUACGGUGGGGAGCUCCGAGUCGGGACGAAUGAUCUACGGGAUCCGGCUGACGCACCAGGUGGCGCUGUCAGAGAACGACUCGCCCAAGCCGGCUGUCCGGCUCACGGCCAACAUCCACGGCGACGAGACGGUCGGUCGUGAGAUGCUGAUUGCGUUUGCAGAACGGCUCUGCCGCGACUACGGCACGCCGAAUGCGGACGACGUGACGUGGCUGCUGGACAACACGGUGAUAUACAUCAUUCCGUCGCUCAACCCGGACGGGUUCGCGCUGGGCAUGCGCGAGAACUCGCGCGGGGUCGACCUCAACCGCGACUACCCGACGCGGUUCGAGGCGAACCAGGAUGACACUGCGGGGCGGCAGGCCGAGACGGCGGCGAUGAUGGACUGGACGCGGGCCCGGUCGUUUGCGCUGUCGGGCACGAUGCACGGUGGAGCGCUGGUGGCGUCGUACCCCUGGGAUUCGUCGGUGACCGGCGAUGACAGUUACGCUGCCACGGAGGACGACGCCAUGUACCGGCGGCUGGCGCGGAUCUACGCCGACGCCAACCCGAGCAUGGCAGCGUCGCCGAUCUUCCCCAACGGCAUCACCAACGGCGCUGACUGGUACUCGAUUGUCGGCACGCUGCAGGACUACAUGGUGCUUCGUGGCACACCGUCGAUCACCUUUGAGCUCUCGGACAACAAGUCGCCGCCCGAGUCGGCGCUCGCCGGCUUUUGGAAUGACAACAGGUUGGCGCUCAUGCAGUACGCGUACCAGGUCCAUGUUUCGGCGAGUGGGCGUGUCGUUGACUCGAGCGGGCAGCCCAUUCCCGGCGCGGCAUGCGGCAUCGACUCGAUCGAGUACGGGUACAAGGCGCCGACCAACCCGCACUCGGGCCGGUUCUGGCGGCUCGUCCCGGAGCCGGGCACGUACUCGGUUACCUGCGCCGCCGAGGGCUACACCGCAGUCACCAAGACCGUGAUUGUGCACGAGGCCACGAUUGCUGAUCCGCCGACGCCCACUGAGCAGGCGCAUGCCUUUGCGCAGUUUGUCCUCCCCACGGCCGCCGACGCGCCGGCUGAGACGACUGCCGGCAAGAUUGCCACCGACUCGACGGCCGGCAUCAACAUCUGGAUGACCCUCUUCCUCUUUGUCCAGAUUUCCCUCAUCAUUUGCGCCGUCGUCAUCUAUCUUAACUACCGCCACAAAGCCCGGCAUGCCGGGCGCUUUUAG